AUGACUUCAUUAAAAAUAUCAACAACUAUUAUUUUUCUUCUAUUAUUAAUAAUUAUUCCAAAAUCUAGCGAUGCAUUAUGCAAAUGGUAUGGUUUUGCACCAUUUUGUUUUAUUGGUAAUUCAUGUCCUAGUGGAUGUGGAAAAACAUUAGAAAGUAAAACAGGUGAUGGUAGUCGAUGUUGGAUUUCACAUAAAAAUUAUUGUUGUUGUUUACCACGUAUUUUUAUUUGUAUUUAA